AUGGCCGACGACAAACACAAAAAGACGCUUGAUGAGUCCGACCUCUCGUCAGAUGAAUCUGACUGGGAAGAUGCCGAGCCCGAAGAGGAGGAGGCUGUGGAUAUCAUCUCUCUCCUCGACGACACCGUGUUCCCCAAUCUCGAUGCUAUGCUGCAGCACUGUCGCGACAAGCACAACUUUGAUUUCCUUGCUGUCCGAAGCCGUCUUGACCUUGACUUCUUCGGCACUGUCAGGCUCGUCAACUUCAGUUUGUCCACCCCGUCUCAAUCCACCAUAAACACUACCUACGAUAUUAACACCCUACAACAGUCCGUCAAAGCAUUCAUGAUGGUGCAGCCCGUCAUCGAUGAUGAUGCCCUGAUCAUGGCUCUUGCCGAUCUGAAUCUCGACGCCGAAGCUCCGGGGGGUGCACAAGAAUCCAAGGCUGCUUCGAGCCGCGAAGCCGAACUUGAGGAGGAGUUACAAAAGCUCAAGGCUCAGUAUGCUAGCUACCGCCAAGCCGUCGAGCAAACUUUGGAUCAACGUUGGGGAGAUGACGUCCCAAGCACUUCCACUCGCCGUGAUCGCUCAGUUGAUAAGGAAGCUCGGAAGGAUGAGUCUCAGUACUACUGGGAGUCAUAUGCCGGCAACGACAUUCACGAGACUAUGCUCAAGGAUACCAUCAGGACGGAUGCCUAUCGGGAUUUCGUCUACAACAACAAGCACCUGUUCAAAGACAAGGUUAUUCUCGACAUCGGCUGCGGAACGGGCAUACUGAGCAUGUUCUGUGCUAAGGCCGGUGCAGCCAAAGUGUUUGCCGUAGACAAGUCCGACAUCAUUGACAAGGCUCGAGAGAAUGUGUACCACAAUGAACUCGGCGACCAAAUCACUCUCAUUCGUGGCAGAAUCGAGGAGAUCGAACUUCCCGUAGACCAGGUUGAUGUUAUCAUCAGCGAGUGGAUGGGUUACUGCCUCUUGUAUGAGGCCAUGCUUCCCAGUGUCCUUUUCGCCAGAGACCGCUAUUUGAAGCCCGACGGUCUUCUUGUUCCCAGCGUUUCGACCAUUUGGGUGGCUCCCGUCUCAGACCCAGAGUACGUCACGGAUUUUAUCACUUUCUGGGAUGACGUCUACGGCUUUGACAUGAAAUCGAUGAAGACCGGCAUCUACGACGAGGCGCGCAUCGAGGUCAUGCCUGAGAACUGCGUUUGCGGUUCAGCCUCCCAGAUCGCGUUCCAGGACUUGCACACUGUCAAGGCUGAGGAUCUCAAUUUCGAGGCCCCGUGGAACUCGACACUGUUCAAGGACGUUCCCUCGCUGGACGGCUUUUUGAUUUGGUUCGACAUCUUUUUUACUACCUCUCGGCAAAACACAAUUCCGGCGGAUCUGCAUGUCAAACCGGGCGAGAACAGUGUGACCAGGCCUGGGGAGGUGGCUUUCACCACCGGUCCCUUCGGCCCGGCUACUCACUGGAAGCAAGGCGUCUUGUUGAACAAGUCACUCGAAGAUCAUGUUGAAGUCAAGUCGGGAACCGAAGUGUCGGGCCGUAUUGUCUUCAAGGCGCCCGAGAACAACCCCCGCGCUCUGACCAUCAGCAACACAUGGACGACAGCUAGUCAAGAUGAGAGAGAGCAGAUGUGGAAGCUGCGAUGA